UCUUGUUUCUAUAGAAACAGGAGGUUCUGUACGAGUGAAAGGAGGCAGGAAGUGCAAUGUGCACUUCCGGCUUACGCCAGUGUCGCAGGCAACCCGGAAGUUGGCGCCGCGCAAUUGCAUAUGGUGGCUCCCUGAGAGGAUGCCUCUCGUGGUGUUUUGCGGACUGCCGUACAGCGGCAAGAGCCGGCGUGCUGAAGAACUGCGCGAGGCGCUGGCGACCGAGGGCCGCUCGGUGUACGUGGUGGACGACGCAGCGGUGUUGGGCGCGGAGGACGCAACCGUGUACGGCGACUCUGCCCGUGAGAAAGCGUUGCGCGGAGCGCUGCGAGCCGCGGUGGAACGGCAGCUGAGUCGCCAAGACGUGGUCAUCGUGGACUCGCUUAACUACAUCAAGGGCUUCCGCUACGAGCUCUACUGCCUAGCGCGGGCGGCGCGCACCCCGCUCUGCCUGGUCUACUGCGUACGGCCCGGCGGUCCGAGCAGGGGACCUCAGGUGGCGGGCGCGGAGGAAAACAAGGGCCGGAAUGUCAGUGUGAGUUGGAGGCCACGCUUUGAGGGCCGGAGACCUCAGGCGGCGGACACUGGUGUCCUCAGGGAACUGGAUGCAGCGAACUCCGUAGUAAACGGGAGAGCCCAGACUGACGUACUUAAGGAACAGGUGCCAGACGAAACUGGGGCAACAGAUUCUCCAGCUUUCGUGACUCCGCAGACCGAAAAAUCUGCAAAGCCUGUGUCUAGUAGUGCCUUUUAUCCUCCCGAACUGCUGGAGGCCCUAACGCUGCGCUUUGAGGCUCCCGACUCUCGGAACCGCUGGGACCGACCUUUGUUCACCUUGGUUGGCUUAGAGGAGCCGUUGCCCCUGGCGGCGAUCCAGGCUGCCCUGUUUGAGAACCGAGCCCCCCCACCCCACCAGUCUACACAGUCCCAGCCCCUCGCCUCGGGCAGCUUUCUGCACCAGUUGGACCAGGUCACCAGCCAAGUGUUGGCCGGGCUGAUGGAAGCGCAAAAGAACGCUGUCCCCGGGGAUUUGCUGACGCUUCCUGGCACCACGGAGCACCUGCGGUUUACCCGGCACUUGACGAUGGCAGAACUGAGUCGCCUCCGUCGCCAGUUCAUUUCCUACACUAAAAUGCAUCCUAACAAUGAGAACUUGCCUCAACUGGCCAAUAUGUUUCUUCAGUAUCUGAGCCAGAGCCUGCACUAACCAGUGUGGGUAGGGGAAAGCCAUGACUCCUAACUUCCACUGUGUUUUGUAUCUCUGGGAAGAAUAGUAUGAGGGUCUGCAGAGCAUAUUGAUAUAGUACUGUACUAGAGCUGUUGUGAGUGAUUCGCACAAACUUUCCUGACUGUCUCUGUGCUAGGCCUUGCGUUUACAGCAUAAGGUGAGAAUGGAGAACUAGCUUGGAGUAUCCUGGCAAAUUCCUUCAGAGGACAGAGUUCAGGUGAACAGAGGUUGCUUAGAGUGGAUUCUACUUGGGCUGUCACACGCCAUUGUUUUCCCCUGAGUUGUGGGAGAGCAGACUGGAUGGAUGAGAAUUGCUUUAAAACAAUUGUAAACAGAAACUGAAGAUGGCGCAGUUCUGUGUCUGCACCUGCCCUUUUUUCAUACCAAACAUUUUUUUAGUACCAUACUUUUUGCUAGUCUCUGUCCUGGGACUGAGUGCACAGAUAGAUCCAUUGGUUUCUGUCCUUGGGAGGCUUUGAUUUUGUGAAACUGAA